CAGUGAAUUACAACCGACCAGCUAUUCGCUCGCUCGCUCACCUGCCGUACCGCCGUCGCCCCCUCUCUUUCUGUAGCCCAUUCAGCUGAUUUUUUGGAUGCUCUUAAGUGGACUACACGUCGUAUACGUAAUAUCUGGCACUCUCUUUUGCUACAACAGCAAAAUAUAACAAGUGUUUCGAGCGUGGCGCGCUUUUCAAAACAAAAACUGUGCUUAAAAAUAACAACAGGCUCAACAAAAAAGCCAUAAACUAAAGCAACCCAAAAGUGUAAAGCCUAGUUAGCAUAUUGACUCAUCAUCAUUUGUGCCGGCUGAUAAGCAAUCAUGAUCGACCUGGAGGACCUGCCCCGACUGCAAUCCCUAUCCCCAGCCAAGGAUAUCGAGGAUACUUACCACAAGACCCAGACCCAAUUGCAGCCCAAUCCCAAGAAGAAGGUAAUCGUACGAGUUCCGAUCGGACCGCCAUCGAAAUUGGCCAUGUUGAUUAAGCCGACGGUGGCUUCAACGCCCGCGGUUCUGGCCACGCCCACGCACGUCUCUCUGGAGACCCCGCCCACACCGGAAUUGACGACCCCAGGUAUAGCCAAGAACCCCAUUUGGCGAGGUGGCUUCCAUUUUACCACUUUGGAAAACCCACCACUGUGGAGAUUUUUCAGCUUGCCGUGUAUGGUCACAUACUGCAGAUUGUUGUUGCCAACCGCAGAGCUUUUCGAAUGCGGUGAAUUCGCGUCUUUGCGCAACUAAAAGUAAAAACCAGAGAAAGAAAGUGAAACAUAAA